AUGGGCGAAGGCAUCGACUACACCUGCGUCCUGCAGCAACAGGGCAUCGAGUCCAUCUGCGUUCUGCGCGGAGAGGGUAUCGACUAUACCUGCGUCCUCCAAGGCGAGGGCAUCGACUACACCUGUGUCCUCCAGGGUGAGGGUAUCGACUACACUUGCACUUUACAGGGUGAGGGUAUCGAUUAUACCUGCUCUGUGCAGGCCCGCGAGUAA